UCUUCGCCUUCAUCGUUUAGAACAAUAAUAAGACUGAUCGACGUUCCUCUUUUCCAGCAAAUUUAUCUUCAACUCUAAUUCUAUGUUGAAGUAUUUGUCAUUUUAUUUCUUUUUUUUCUUUGGGUUUUUGGGAAAUGGGUUUUUUUGUUGAUCAUUGCAUGAUUUAUUUAUUUCUACUUAUUAUUAGGGAAGAAUUAGUGACUGUUAACCUAUAAUGGAGUGGGACGGAGGAAGUGAUUUGUGAUCGUUUGUUGGUUUCAGAACUGGGAGGAGGUUGAUAGCAGAAGUACAGUAGUAGGAAGGGGCACGAUGAACAAAGAUAAGAUUUUUAAGCUGGCAAAGGGAUUCAGGGGGAGGGCGAAGAACUGCAUCAGGAUAGCUCGGGAGAGGGUGGAGAAGGCGCUGCAGUACUCCUACAGAGAUCGCCGCAACAAAAAGAGAGAUAUGCGGUCUCUCUGGAUCGAGCGCAUCAAUGCAGGCGCUCGGUUGCACGGGGUGAAUUAUGGUAAUUUUAUGCAUGGGUUGAUGAAGGAGAAUAUCCAACUGAACAGGAAAGUGCUGUCGGAGCUGUCGAUGCAUGAGCCAUAUAGCUUCAAGGCACUUGUGGACAUUUCAAGCAAUGCAUUUCCAGGAAACAAAGGCCCCAAAAAGGAUAGUUCAUCCAUUGUUGCGUGAGAAUCUUCUCUUCCAUUUUGUGUAUCUGAACCUCUUGUACUUGUGUUCUCAAGAGUAGAACUGAGUAUAUCUUUGGUAAUCUUGUCCAUCUUAUAAGUCAAGAAUUAAAACCACUAGAUUCAAUAUGAAAGACACAUUGUGCAAUCAACCUUGUGCCACUGGCAUUCAU